AUGGCUGUGAAGCCAAUCGUCUUCAUCCACGGCGAUGAUCCACAGUCACGGACUAAGGCGCGCCAACAUGCUUCGAGGACUGCCCGACAACGCGAGCGAGAACAUCGUACGAAACAGUCCAGCGCCCGAACAGAAACCAGCGGGAUCUCACAGGACCACGAGCAAGAAGGCAUUCAUGACGAUAAACUCGGUACCAAGCAGGUCAUUCGUUGCUUUCAUCACGUCCGUGCCGUCAUCUCCUCAAGAGCCCUUAUUCGGAAGGCUAGACUUGAGCCAUUCGCAGAUGAUUCCCACGACAACAGUCAUCCUCAGACAUUGCUCAGCGGCGCACCCACAGACCCUUUUAACACUCUGGUCAUUAAUGUGUCGCAUAAAGGUAUGCAGCAACUGCACCACUAUAAUAUCGACAUGCCUAGUGUCGAGUUCGAUACCAAACCAGGCUCUCCUUUCGUCCCUCAGCACAUCGCCAUCACGUCCGCCAUGGAGUGCCCUGCAGCAUUCCACGCUAUCGUAGCGAUGGGAGGCGUACAUCGAGCGGCACUGACCGGACAGCCCGAACCAUUACUUGUCAAUUACCAUCACAGUCAAGCGCUCCGCCUGUUUCGCGAGAGUCUAGAGGCUGUGAACGAUGAGAACUGGACGACGCUUGUUCAACCCUUCAUCGAGAUCAUAGCGUUGGGUGAAGUGGGCGGGCAGUACAAUAACCUGGCGAUCCACCUCAAUGGACUUCGCAAUCUCUUGAAGUGCUAUGGCGGACUUGAGAAGCUGAAUCACAUACCUCGGACUCAAUUACUCUUAUGCUUCGUUCUGCAUGGAGCAGGAGUGUCUUGGUUCCAACCAGGACAGAGCUUGACCACGGAUGGCUCGCAACAGUCGUCGCGGGCCGCAACAAUACAUGUGCAUCCAGACUUAUUGAUUGAGAUACUGGGAUAUUGCAAGUUGAUGUCUGAGUUCAUGAUCGAGGUGAAUCGACUCAUCGCGCUGGAUCCACCGCUGCUGGCAUUGGUCAAGAAGUACUUCCACAAGAGCACAAAGUUGGCCCGUCUCGUGUGCAAUAGCGCGGCUUCUGAAGACACGUUCAUUCCCGGCGAUGGCUUCGGCAAGAAGGGCUUCCAUCGAGUAGCAAUUCUGUUCCUGAUUGCAUGGGAUCUACUCCAUCUGCUCAGGAAACCGAAUCAACUUGCCAUCGAAUUGUACCUCGAGAGGCUGCACUUUCUAUAUUACCAGAACUUGCGCCUAUACAAGUUCUACCUGAUGCAGGAUGGUACGGCGGUCAAAUUCACCAACAUAGAGAAAAAUUGGGAUGUCAUACGAAUGAUGCAGAUCUACAAGCUCCUGGACGUUCAUUACAGGCGCAAGAUCGUCCACUCGCUUGUUGGUCUGCUGCAGGGUCCUGUCGGCGAGCAGGACAUCAAUAGAGACGGAUUGUCUACAGAAGGCCUCUGGACGGUAUUUGCCAUGGCAAACAACGCCCUUCAAAGCUUGGGGCGAGAGGACUACGUUCCGUGA